GCACCAAUUUUAGUACAGCAUUGAACGGUAUGGUGGAAUGAGCUUUGCGGAAACAAAAGCCUGCAUACUAAAAACUUGUGGUAUUAAUUUGAAACUGAAGAACUGGCUAAAAUAUAAAAUUUUUUCAACAGUUAAAAUGAAAAACGAAAAAAUUGGAAUAAUUGGCAGCGGCCUCAUCGGACGUGCCUGGUCUAUGCUUUUCGCUUCCGUCGGGUAUCAGGUAAUGCUGUAUGAUAUUUUACCAGAGCAAACCAGCACCGCCUUAGAAGAAAUAGAGAAGGAACUACACGCACUUCAUUUGAAGUCCGCACUUCGUGGUAAACUCAGUCCAGCUGAGCAACUCGAAUGCAUUAGCGCCACCACAGACAUACGCGAACUGGUAAGCAACGCCAUCUAUCUGCAGGAAUGCAUACCGGAACGUAUAGAAAUGAAGCGCUCACUAUAUGCGCAACUGGCCGGCAUUGUAGAACCGCAAACGAUUAUGGCAAGCUCGACAAGUACUUAUAUGCCGUCACUCUUUAGUGAGCAUAUGCCGCAGUAUCGUGAAAAUGUCGUUGUCGCCCAUCCACUCAAUCCACCCUAUUACAUACCGCUCGUCGAAAUUGUGCCUGCGCCUUGGACUAAACCGCAGGUAGUGACACGCGUGCGCGACCUAAUGCUUGAGAUUGGCCAAAAACCGGUGACUCUAACGCGUCAAAUAGAAGGUUUCGCCACCAAUCGCAUACAAUACGCCAUACUGAAUGAACUACUACUUGUGGGUGGCAGCGGUUGCAAAUAA